GCAGUGCUAGCUGCUGCAGUGGCUGUGGUCACCUUGCCCUAUAUCAACAAGAUUCCCCAGCACAACUCUAUCUUGACAGGGCAUGGAUGGGUUCGGGAGCUCUUAUCAGGACAUCCCCAUUGCUUUCAUAAUAUGAUGGGCCUAUCUAAGCCAGUAUUCCGCUGA